GAGGACUGAGCUCUGUCGCUUAGAGGCACCUGGGCGUAGCUCUGCCAAAAGGGAGACGAGCCGGUUCCUGGAUCAGAUGUUUGCCUCGCCUGCGCACCGCACUUAUAAGCCAGGCUCCCGGGUUGUUCCCGAAGCUUUUCCCAGCUUCUAUUCGCCCCGAUCUCCCGAGGGUCCAAACCUGGGCAGGAUGGAGCAAGUGGGAAUCUUCUCCGCCAAGCCGGCCGAACCAGUUACAUACAAAGUCAAAGUGACAACCGGGAAAGGUCUCCUAACUGGGACCUUUGACUCCAUUUCCAUCACCUUGGUGGGGACCAACGGAGAGAGCGCCAAGCAACUUCUGAACCAGGUUGGAACCAGUUGCGCCAAGGGAUCGGUGGAGGAGCAUGAAGUCAUUUGUGACCAUGACCUGGGCCCAAUCCUGCUGAUCCACCUGCACAAGGACCCUUACUCCUUCUUCCCCGAGAACAGCUGGUACUGCAAUUCUGUCGAGGUGACGUCUCCACAUGGUGAGGUCUAUCGUUUCCCCUGUUACCAGUGGAUAGAGGGUUUCUGCACCAAGUCCUUCAGAGAAGGAGCAGCCAAGACUCCAGCGGACGACACUCAUUAUCUCCAGCGGAGGCACCGCCGUGAAGAGUUGGCGCUGAGUCAUACGAAAUAUGGGUGGAAGGAAUACAUCCCAGGAACUCCAUAUUGUGCCGAUGUCGACACAGACCAGACGAUGGAGUACAAUAUCCAGUACUCUUUCCCCAAAUCCACUGCCUUUUUUGGGCGUGGGACCCUCGCGCUGUUUGAGGCCAAAAUGAAGGGCUUCCUGGACAAACCAUACUCCUGGGAGAAGCUUGAGGACAUCCGCAAGGUCUUCUGGUUCUACCACACCCCUGUCUCAGAGUAUGUGUUCAGGCACUGGAAAGAUGACGAUUUCUUCGGCUACCAGUAUCUGAAUGGAAUCAACCCUGUGUUGAUCCGGAAAUGCACAAAGAUCCCGGAAAACUUCCCUGUGACCCAGGAGAUGGUGGCCGGGCCUUUGGGAGAAUCCACCACCCUCAAGGAAGAGUUGAAGAAAGGAACCAUCUACCUAGCGGAUUACAAGUUGCUGGAGGAUAUCCCUACCAUCCUGGUGAACGGCAAAGAGCAAUACAUUGCUGCCCCUCUGUGUUUGCUCCACCAAAAGCCUUGUGGAAAAGUCAUUCCUCUAGCCAUUCAGUUGAGCCAACGCCCGGGUCCCCAAAGUCCCAUUUUCUUGCCCACCGAUGAAGAGUGGAUCUGGACCUUAGCCAAGACCUGGGUGCGAAAUGCCGAGUUCCACAUCCACGAGGUGAACACCCACCUGCUCCGUGGACAUCUGAUGGCGGAAGUCUUUGCGGUGUCAACACUGAGGCAACUCCCCAUGUGUCACCCCCUGUACAAGCUUCUGAUUCCUCACCUGCGUUAUUCCAUCCAUAUCAACGUACUGGCCAGAACCUACCUUAUCAGCCAAGGAGGUACCUUUGACCGGGCCAUAGCGACCGGGCGUCGAGGGCUAGCUGUGCUUCUUAAAAAGUGCCUGGACAACCUGACCUACACAGAUCUGUGCCUCCCUGAGGACAUUGAGGCCCGAGGAGUCAGCUCUCUUGCCGAUUACUACUACAGGGACGACGGGCUGAAGAUAUGGGAUGCCAUCGAGAGCUUCGUCUCUGGCAUUGUGGAACUGUACUACAAGAACAACUUGUCUGUCCAGCGAGAUUAUGAGCUUCAGGCCUGGAUCUGCGACAUCUUCACAAAGGGCUUCCUGUCCAAGCGUUCGUCAGGCAUCCCUUCCUCCAUCCGCUCUGUUCCGGAACUCAUCAAGUUUCUGACCAUGGCGAUCUUCACGUGCUCAGCCCAUCACGCGGCCGUAAACAGUGGGCAGUUCGAACUGGGUGCCUUCAUGCCCAACUUGCCAUCGUCCAUGAGGAAGCCUCCGCCCGAUGUUAAAGCCCCAGUGACGCUGAAGGAGUACCUGGACAUCAUCCCCGAGAUGAACACCACCAGCCAAGUCCUUGCCGUCAUCUGGGUCUUGCGGAACGAGGAUUUUGACAUGAAACCUCUGGGGCAAUACGACGACGAGCACUUUGUUGAGGAGGAACCGAAGCAGCUCAUAACGGCUUUUCAAGAGCGCCUGGCGCACAUUUCCGAGGAAAUCAAGAGCAGGAACAAGUCGAUGAAGCUGCCGUACACCUACCUCUGCCCAGACAACAUAGAGAACAGCACAUGCAUAUAGAAGCAGCGCAUGCUUCCAGACCACACUGGCCAUGCUGCGGUGCAGCCUUCUUCAACCCGGCGCCCUCCGGGUGCUCGGUACUACAACUCCCACCAGCCCCCAGUCCAAAACACCCGGAGGGCGCCCGGUUGGGGGAAGGCUGCUUCUCAGUUUCUCUUUAUGCAGCCCCACAUCGCUAGAGAUUUCUUUGAGUGCAGCAGGCUAGGGCCUGCGAUUGUAAACACGACCCUAGGACAGGAAUUCUGCAGCAGGCAGGCUCAGGCUGGCAGCAUGCAACUUGAAGAUUCACAGAACCCUCUAAAAAAAAAAACAUCCACAAAAUAUGAAGGGCCUGUUCUGAAUGGGGCGGCAUCCUUCCCGGAGGAGCAGGGAUGCCGUUUGGGGGUGCUCCUUAGAAUCACAGAAUUGUAGAUAGAUGGCCCUUGGGAAUCUCUUCCAACUCUAUGUAUUCUAUGCAGGAGGUCUGAGGUUUAAUCCCUGGUGUCUCCCGGUAGAGCUGGGAGAGAAGUUCUCUGCAUGAAACCACUGCUGCCAGUCAGUGUAGGUAGGGAAAGUGAUCUGGGUGGACCAAUGGUCUGACUCUGCAGAAAGCAGCUUCCUAUUCUCUCGUGCAACCUCAAGUCUGGACUACUGUAAUGCGCUCUGUGUGGGGCUGCCCUUUAAGACUGCACUCUUCACUGUGGAGGCGAGCCUAGCUGAAGCUUCUCCUGCACAUUACAUUUCCUGUAUCAUUUCAUACCCUUCCUCACCCUUGUACUUUAAAGGGAUCAGGAGUUUGGAGAGGGAAGAACCACUUGCAGAUCACCAGGUUGCCACUUGGCGGCGUGAUUCGAACACAGAGCCGUGUUUUCUUUCCAUUUGGCAGGCAGUGGGGAUGGUGGUAGGAGAAGUUUAGACAAAAACACAUGGGGAGGUCAUAAACACACACACACACACACACACACACACACACACACACACACACACACCAGCAACCCAAACCCAUUUCAGGCUAAGUGAAAAGAAAAUAUGUCAAUCCAGAUAGCUUUGUGCCUUAGCGGAUUUUUCAAACAAAAAACUCAAUUUCCAAGCAUACAUACUGUAGUUUAAACCCGUUGCUGGCUUUGUGCCCCUUUGAUUCCAGCGAGACUUCAAAAGAUUAUUGUUGUUAUUUGUUAAAUUUGUAUAUUGCCCUUCAUCUGAAGACCACGGGGCAGUUCACAACAUCAAAAUGCAAAAUGCAAAAACAAAAUAAAACAAUAACUCCCCACCCAGUAAGAGCUUGUGGAUGGUGGAUUGCGAAUGAACUGCUUUCAGGUCAAGGCAGAAAAUGCUGCUUGAAAAAAUAAAUUUAUUGCAUUUUUGAAAAUUUACAGAGAAAGAAUAAAUAUUACACCUGAAUACACAAAAAGAAAAAGAAAAGAAAGAAAAAAGAAAAAAAUACAACAAUAAAGAGAAGAAGAAAAAGAAUUAAUGACAUACACAAAAUUGUUCAAAGGAUAGAAACUGUAAUUUGAAUAUUCUAUACAAAAGGCUCCCAGAAAGAAAUUACUGUACAUUUAUAUUCCUUUUGUUUCUUCCCUUACAAUCACUUGCUUUCUGUUCCAGUAAACUUGUUUGAAUCCCUGU